GCAGAUUCACGAAUCAAGCGUGUCGAACCGCCACCCCCUCCUUUACCACCGCAAUCCCCUCUACUACUGCCAAUCCCAUAACCACCACCAACAGGCAAAGCAAUUUAAAGAGGGGAAAAAAACAUGGGUAGGGGAGAAUCAGGCCAGACCUCCGCGCAGGCCGGAGGCGCGCCCCCGGCCCUGCUCGACCUGACCAUCGACAACAUCACGCCCAACACGAUCCGCAUCAACUCGCAGAGCGACAACGCCCGCCUGACGUACCUGAUGGCGCGGUUGGUGACACACCUGCACGACUUUGCUCGCGAGACGCGGCUGAGCACGGCCGAGUGGAUGGCGGCGAUCGAGUUCCUGAUCAGCUGCGGAAAGAUCUGCAGCGAUGUGCGCAAUGAGUUCAUCCUGCUGUCCGACGUCCUCGGCCUGUCGCUGCUGGUCGACAACAUCAACCACCCCAAACCGCCGGGCGGCACCGAGGGCUCCGUGCUCGGGCCCUUCCACACGCAUGACGCGCCGGUGCUGCCCAAUGGCGCGAGCAUGACGUCGGACCCGGCGGGCGAGCCGAUGCUGGCCGUGUGCACGGUCAAGGACACGCAGGGCCGGCCCAUACCGGGCGUGACCAUCGACAUCUGGGAGACGGACAGCUCCGGCCACUACGACGUGCAGCACGCCGACCGCGAUGGCCCCAGCGAGCGGUGCGUCAUGGUCAGCGAUGAGCAGGGGAGGUUCUGGUUCCGCGGAAUCAAACCCGUGAGCUACCCGAUCCCCCACGACGGCCCCGUGGGCAAGUUGCUGCAGAUGUUGAAUCGGCAUUGUUGGCGGCCGGCACACGUGCAUUUCAUGUUUGCGAAAGAGGGCUGGGACCGUUUGAUCACGUAAGUUCUGCUGUCCUCCCCAUUCACAGAGACGCUUCGUUGGCCCCCUUUGUGUACAUUUGCUGACGGGUAUCUCUAUUUAUAGAGCCUUGUAUCUCCGAGGUGACCCCUACGAGACGUCUGACGCCGUGUUUGGCGUCAAGAAGAGUCUGAUAAUCGACCUCGACAGGGUCGACAAGAAGACAGCCGAGGAGUACGGCGU